AUGCUGGACCACGUCUCCAUCUCCCAUCAGAGCGGCCUCAUCCUCUGGUCGCGCUCCUUCACGCCGACAUUCACCGCUCUCGCCCAAACCCAGGCUUCCCCAGUCAACGCGCUCAUUCGCGAGGCGCUCAUCGAGGGAAAGGCCAGGAAUGAGGACGAUGGGUUUGAAAAGGACGGGUACAGCGUGCGGUGGACCAUGGAGAACGGCCUGGGGCUCGUGUUCGUCGUCGUCUUCCCUGCUCUCCUUCCCUUGACGUACAUUCCCGCCCUUCUCCAGCGCACCAAGCAGCUCUUCCUCUCGCUCUUCCAGCCGUACCUCGAGUCGCUCAUCGACGCCCUGUCUGACCGCGCCGGCGUGCUCGUGGCCGACAGCGGCCGGUCGGCACUGCGUAUCCUCGCCGACAAGAUUGCCGAGGAGCGCUGGGACAGGAUCUUUGAGCGUUGUCUCAAGACCCAGGAGAACAGCUCGGGGCGGUCGAAUAGGGCCGUCACGCGCUCCGUCACUGCUGCUGCCGCUGCCGCUGCGGCGACGGGCGCGUCAUCUCCUGGAUUGUCGGAUGAUGCCUCCAACGCUGUCACUGCCGAGGAGAUUGCAAAGAACGUCGCGGCACUCAAGACCCGCAUGAAGGGUCGUGGCAAGGGCCGCGGACGUGAAGGCGGCUCGCCGUCGCCUGUUCCGUCGCCGCGCAAGGCGUCUGGAGCCACGUCCAAGCUCAUGCGCAAGUGGGGCGACUCGCCCGUGACCAAGGAGGACAUGGCGGCUCUCGACUACUCGGCGCCAGCCCCCGAGAACAUCCAGGUCGACGUGGACGCGCUCGUGUCCAACGACGCCAUGGGCACGCGCACCUCCAAUGGCGCCUACGAGGUUGCCGACUGGGACUUUCGUCGCGGCGGCAAGGCCGACGACCUGCCUUCCGAGGAGGAGAUUCUGUCCCGCCGCACUGCCCGCCUCACACUAGACGACGCCGGCGAGCCUGCUGAAGACGAGUCGUCGUGGACCAACAUGUUCUCGCGCCUCACGGGCAAGAAGGUUCUUUCUCGCGAGGACCUGCGCCCCGUCCUCGCCGACAUGGAGAAGCACCUCAUGUCCAAGAACGUGGCCAAGGACAUUGCUGAGAAGCUGUGCGAUGCCGUCGGGUCUGCGCUCGUGGGCAAGAAGCUCGGGGGUCUCUCGAGCGUAAAGUCUGAAGUGGAAAAGUCGCUUUCUGGAUCCAUGACGCGUAUCCUCACGCCCAAGACCUCGACCGACCUCCUCGUCGAUAUCCAGCGCAAGCGCGCCCAGCCGGGCUCCCUCUCGGCCCCCGACGCCCCUCCCGACCCGUACACUCUCACCUUUGUGGGCGUCAACGGCGUCGGCAAGUCGACCAACCUCUCCAAGGUGUGUUUCUGGCUGCUGCAGAACAACCUCCGCGUCCUCAUCGCCGCGUGCGACACUUUCCGUUCCGGCGCCGUCGAGCAGCUGCGCGUGCACGUGCGCAACCUCGGCGCACUGGGCGACGAGCUCGGCAUGGCCAUGGACGGCGAGGGUGGGCCGGGCAAGCGCCGCAUCGAGCUGUACGAGCGCGGCUACGGCAAAGACGCGGCGGGUAUCGCCAAAGAGGCGAUCGCGUAUGCCAAGGAGAACCGCUUCGACGUCGUCCUCGUCGACACUGCGGGCCGUAUGCAGGACAACGAGCCGCUCAUGCGCGCCCUCGCCAAGCUCGUGACGGUCAACAACCCCGACAAGAUUGUCUUUGUCGGCGAGGCCCUCGUCGGCAACGAGGCCGUCGACCAGCUCACAAAGUUUGACCGUGCGCUCAAGGACUUUUCGUCGGCAGGCGCCGCCGGCGGCGGCCGUCGUCGCGGUAUCGACGGCAUCAUCCUGACCAAGUUUGACACAAUCGACGACAAGGUCGGCGCCGCCCUCUCCAUGACAUACGUCACUGGCCAGCCGAUCCUCUUUGUCGGCUGUGGCCAGACGUACACCGACCUCCGCCACUUGCGCGUCAACCACAUUGUCCAGGCCCUCCUCAGCUCGUAA